AUGCCUUCUUCGUCGAAACAUCACGACUCUAGCUCUAAGAGGCAUUCAUCAUCUAAGUCCAAGUCGUCCAAGUCAGACAACUGGGCCGAGGUCUCAGAACCAGAGGAGAGAAGGCGGAUCCAGAACCGUCUAGCUCAACGCAAAUUCCGCGAGAAGGCCAAGGAGCACAAGGAAAAGACCGAGCGCGACUCGCGGAACCAAGAACUCGCAGGCAGCUCCUACCAAGUCGCCAGCUCCGACGACUACCUGCAAGAGGAAGAAUGCUCAGGCCUCCCGUGGGGGUCCUUCAGCAUGCGGCAUGUGGUGGCUCGCGGCCACGAAAGCGAGAGUAGACGAGGCAGCGGCCGUGAUGAGCACGCCCGCGAUGCCAGCAGCCAGGUCUACGGGCAGUACGGCGGAUACGAUACCCACCGGAGUUACAGUUAUGGUAGCUACAGCCACGGCAGUCACGGCAGCAACAGUGGUGGUGACUUCUUUGACGACAACACCUACUAUUACCCAGAUUACGACAACACAGGCAGUGGCUCCCACUCAUGA